UAUAUGAAAUGAGCACUACACUCCCAUCAUGAGAUUAGUCUAGAUGCGCUGAUGUAGUCUAGCUAGUCUAAUCCAUAACCAUUGAUUGAGACGUUACUAGCUAGUUGUUUAGUCAUUUGUAUACUACACUGUAUGUAUGAAUGAAUGAAUGAAUGAAAUCCCAUGGUGCAACAACAACAGCAAUGGAAGACGUCAUCAUCUGUAUCUACCAGUGGUCCAACAACAACCACAAAAGACGGACGAAAGAUGACGACGUUGGACAAGUUGUGGAAAUUCGUCGUCAUGGCCCUACAGUUUACCGCCAAUAGUAGUACUGGUAGUAGUAGUGACCAGACUGCCGGCAAUCACAGUGCCGAAGCCAGAGGCCGACGCAAAGGAGUGUGGUCCCGUACUACUACUACUACUACUAGUAGUAAAAAUCCUCGAUGGAUCUUGUUGCUCUGUUUGGCCGGAACUUGCAAAUUCUUUUUCGACAUGACUGCCAUUACAUCUUCUUCCACUACUACAACAUCCAUCACUACUGCCCAAGUCGAAUCUCUACCAUUCGCUACUACUACUACUAUUGCUACGGCUGGUGUGAGUAGUAGUAAUAGCAAUAGUGACGAACCCGCCUAUCGCUCGAGUCAAGCCAUGGAUAUCAUGCAAGUCGUUCGGACUCGCUUUAUGCAACGUCAACCCAAUUUGGUUCAUUUGGGACAAUCGCGGCUCGAACUUUUCAAGACGUUUUGUCUCCCCACCAUGCUCAUUCAGACGUUGCAAGAUUUUGCUUGGUUGGUCUACACGGAUCCCGAUUUGGAUCCUUCUCUCUUAGGCGAACUGCGCGCUCUAUUACAAGCGCAUCCCAAUUUCUAUUUGAUUCUGAGUAAUGACAAUCAACUGACGCUUCCCGAUUUGGUUCAAAAAGCCACACAAAAUCCCAGUAUGGUAUUGACGGGCAAUCUGGAAUAUCUGACGCGCAGUUACCAACGGCACGCCACAUCGCAAGCUUCCGUGGUGCUCUAUAUUGAAACCGGAUUGGAUGCCGACGAUGGAUUGCAACGCGAUGCGCUGUCGGAAAUACAAAAACACGCCGUCGCCGAAACGUUUCUGUGGAAUAGUCCCACCCAACGGAGUGAUUCCUAUCAUUGGUUCAUACUCUGUGUCGGCAAUCAUUACGAAUGGAAAAAUGUCGAUGUCUUUUUGGGACGUACGACCGAUUUUCGUGGAUUGAUUGCCGAACAUCACAAUCCCGAACGAUGUGUCACACCCGGGUUGACCAUGGUCAAUUCACUGACGGCGCCACAUGGUGGGGGCGACCGAUUACCCAUUUUUGAACAUGCGCCUUUUUCGUACAAUGAAAUUGUCGUCAAUCAUUGGCGGUUGAACGAAAAGUAUCCCAAUUGUCGCAAUCACGGCGCGACACAAUUCGAACCGUGUUGGAAACAAAUCAAUGAACACGCACAACAACAAGCGGCGGCGAUACGAGCGCGAACCAUUACCAGUACCGGCAUGAAAGAUGUCCUGACGGCAACGGCCGAAGAACAAGUCAAAUCGAAUGGAUUGUGGCAUACGCUCAAAGAAGAAUUUGGCAUUCGCGUGGGCGCUGUCAAAAUGGCAUCCCGCCAAAUAUUUGCCAAUCGUGUCGAAACCGUCACGGAACUCAUGAAGGGACGAUGUCAAAAGGGACAUUCUUGUUUGGACAAGACGGAAGCGUCACUCCAAGAAUUGUUGCAGCAAUUGAAACAGGCUGGUGAUGGUUCUAUAAGUAAAACUGUCAGUACGUAAAACUGGAAAGUAGAUGGAUGAUGAAGACGUAGUAGUUCUAGAUGAGGUUGCACCUGCACGUGUG